AUGAGCAUCAGCACGUUCAACUUUCAGUUCUACAAUUACAAGCUGCCCGCCGAGAUGCCGCAGCUCAACACAGCGUCCAGUUUCAGCGAGCUGGAAAUGGACAUCGAUGACGAGCAGCAGCAGGUGCCAACGAUUACGUCCACUCCACUGCCAGCGGCCAAGCAGCCUCCUGCCACGCCCCGCUACACUAGUGAGAUGGCCCUCACCCUCAACUCGUCAGAGGUGGACAACAAAUCGCAGUCGUUGCAGGCGCUGCGUCCACAGCUGCAUCGAUCACAAAAACGCUGGUCCAUGGAAUUGCGCGAGAAGGUGCUGGAAAUGUCCAAGCGGAACAAUGGCUCCAAUGAAGAGAUACAGCAGCGUUUUACGCAGCAGCUGGCAGAGGAUUGCAAUGCCACAUUUUGUGGCAGCCAGGAGCAGCCCGCUGCUGUUGAGGUAACGCGUAGCGUCAGCGACAAAAUCAACUUCUUCAAUAAGCUAACCAAUACCUAUGAAUCUGCCCGCAACCAAAACGCAAACAACAAUCGCUUCAUUUCGCUGCUGCGCUCUAGCCGACCACAGGGCAUGGCCACCAUGGGUGGCAGCAAUGGGCCAGUGCCACCGCCAAAGCCCAAGCGUUUAAGCAAUACACCUAGCCCCACGCCCGGCUACAUUGCAGCGCAACAUCAGUUUGCCACGCCCAAUGCCAAACCGCCCUCAGCGGCCAGCAAUAGCCAAGCGCAACGCAAGAGCUCGCUGCGCCGCAAACCCUCCAUGGAGAAAUCCCGUGCCACAAUCGCUCGACAGAAUUCGAAUGUAACGCUGCGACCACAGCGCCAUGCCAUGAUGGAGGACCUCAGUCUGGUGGUGCCUGUGCGGUUACGCAUUGCCGAAUACGAGCAGCGCAUCUCGAUGAGUGCAUAA